GAAAAAUCCAAUUUUUGCGGAUAUACUACCGUUACGUCUGUAGAAGCGAUGUUUAGCGAUCAUUUACAUUGCGCUCUCAUAAGAUACAUCAGUUGAUUCGGCUUACGGUUUCGCGUCGGUGACUGUUUCCAGCAACAGGAUAUUUCUAAAAUCAGCUGUUUUUUGUUAUGGUAGAAAUAGGCAGCACAUUUACCCAGAGCAUACCCAUAAUAUACGUUCUCUGAUUUAUCAAACGAUAAAAUUCAGAGAGUGGUGUCACUACUAAUUAGUAGAAAUAAAUUAUUUGUACACGCAUAACAAAUGUAAAAAUGUGCUUUCACGCAAGUUAUUCAAUAAAUGUUUCUUUCCGUAGAUUUAUUUAAGAUAUUAUGUUCUCGAGAAAUUUGUUCGUUCCGGUUUAUUUGUACAUUUUACGAUACCCAAAUCAAGCGAUCGAAUAAAAAAUUUGAUAAUUUUUAAACUAGUUUACUGGCACCGUUGGUUGUGAAACAAGCAACAUUGUUUUCCAGCUGUUUUUAUUUGGAAUCAUUGUGUUCAAGAACAAACAAUUUAUUAUUUGUUCUUUUUCUUUUUCAAAUGAUGUUUUAACUCUGAAUUUUACAAAAUUAUGAAUCCGCUUCGAGGUAGUUUAGCAAGUAUACCAGGCGCUUUGAGCUCCUUUAUCAGUGAAAGUGCUUGCACUUUAUUACAACAUAAUAGUUUGAAUAAUAGUGUUCCUGGGACCCAAGAUGACGACGUUAGUUCUACUACGUCUCAAAGUGAUAAAUCAUAUCCCAUACCAUCGUCGCUAGUAAAAGAACAAUGGCGAUUAAUCUUUACUUCCGACGCAAAUGUCCAAGAUUUGGAAGCUGCAAUCGCCCAUUGUCGUGAUUUAGUUAUGCUUUCGGAUGAAUGUAGUGAAGAACGACGUUGGUUAGUACGUCAUUUAGUUGAUUUACGUUACUCUCUAAAAGAGUUACAAUCGGCAGAGUCUGAUCCGUUGGAAAUAGCUCCUCAUGUAAAGACAGUUGUCGGCCAUCACUUCAACGUUCAGCGAAGUGGGCAUAUUGGUGCACGUCAAUAUUGUGAUCAUUGUAGUGGCCUAAUAUGGAGAAUGAUUCAAGCAUGUUACGUGUGUACAGACUGCAAUUUUAUAGCUCAUCAAAAGUGUGUGGACAGUGUAAUACGAAUAUGUGCGCAUAUAAUAGCGGCAGAACGGCGCUACCCUAUCAACGAAAUAUGCCCAGAAAUUGGCCUGGCGGCGCAGAGAUAUAAGUGUCCUGAAUGUGGAAUAUUACUGAAUUUUACUCUACCCAAGCCGAUUAGCUGUUUUGGUUCAAAUAAAACAGAGGAAAACUCGUGGAUUGAACCUCGUUUGUGCGAUUACAGUGGGCUUUAUUAUUGUCCAAAUUGUCAUUGGAAUGACUAUAGUAUCAUACCAGCUCGGGUUGUUCACAAUUGGGAUUUUACACAAUACAAAGUAUCACGUUCAUCGCUUCAGGAAAUAAAUCUAUUUUACGAAAAACCUUUGAUAAAGCUAGAGGAGGCUAAUCCGAAAUUAUUUGUAUUCUUGGAGAAACUGGGAAGUGUAAAGAAGUUGCGACAAAAUUUAUUCUACAUGAGAAAAUAUUUGUUGGAAUGCCGCUCAGCAACUGAGGAAAAGCUUCUGGAUAAGCAAAUAACUAAUCACCUUAACAACGACAAUGUUGGAGCUAAUGAAUCCCGACGCCAUCUAAUACAAUCCACCGACUUUUAUUCAAUAAAAGAUUUAGAGCUUAUUGAAAAGGGUAUUUUAGUUGAUUAUUUGCAAAAAGUGUUAAAUGCUUUUGAUCAGCAUAUACGGAAUUGUGAACUGUGCCACGCCAAGGCUUACAUAUGUGAGAUUUGCGACAAUAAUGAAGUGAUAUUCCCUUUCGAUGAUGGUUGUAUUAUGUGUAAUAAAUGUAAUUCUAUCUACCAUCGCGUUUGCAUGACCCGAAAAAAUAUGUCAUGUCCGAAAUGUAUACGUUGGCAAGAGCGGAAAAAUCAUUUUGUUACUGAAAAUUCUGAAGAUAUAAGUGAUACGGACGAUAUUUAGUAGUUUAAGCUUUUAAAAUUAUAUAAUACGAUUAACACUUCCUAACCACUACAUAUGUAUAAUUUUUUAUUAUAUGUUUUAUAUAUAAUAUAUUGGUUUGUCCUGUAUAUUAAUUUUGUAUGUACAUAACUAUUUACAUGUUCGAUUGUUUUUUAAUGUAAAUAGAAAAUAUUAAAGUGAAAUCUCUUUAAAAUAAUUAAUGUAUACUUUUUAAUAGUUGUUUUAAGGUUUAAGUCACAAACAUUUGGAAGCAAGUCUAUUGCUAUUUAAAUAAUUGAUAUCUUUAUGAUGUUAUUGUAAAGUAUAAUAUUCAGAAGCAUCUACAUAAAAUUGAAAGCAAGGGACAGCGGACCAUAAAAAUAUAUAUAAUGA